AUGUUCAGAUUAGGAACGAAGCCAGGUUCCCCCGUACUGUGCCGUUGGAUUUUAGAAGACCAGUGGCACCUUGCUCGUAAGCAGGAGAUUAUCAAGGUUACCGAGCAGUUGAUUGAAGCUAUCAACAACGGGGACUUCGAAGCUUACACAAAAAUCUGUGAUCCAGGCCUUACAUCUUUUGAACCUGAAGCUUUGGGUAAUCUAGUAGAAGGGAUGGACUUUCACCGCUUUUACUUUGAAAAUGCUUUAUCCAAAAGUAACAAGCCGAUCCACACCAUUAUCCUCAAUCCUCACGUCCACCUUGUGGGCGACGAUGCCGCCUGCAUUGCGUACAUCCGGCUGACGCAGUACAUGGAUGGGAGCGGGAUGCCAAAGACUAUGCAGUCCGAGGAAACGCGGGUCUGGCACCGUCGUGACGGGAAGUGGCAGAACGUUCAUUUUCACCGCUCAGGGUCACCAACAGUACCUAUCAACGCCUAGCACAGCGGGAUCCCCACCACGACUUCGGGCCCUAGAUGCUACGCUAAAAAUAUCGGCGGUGCCGCUCUUGCGUUUUCUGUACCCAACGCACCCGGUUGAUUACCACCUUGGCCAUCCCGUUCUCUUCAUGCAUGUUUCUGAGUGCAUGAAGUUGUGAAGGUUCUUCAUGUAACACGUUUGUGAUGCGCCAUGUCGCUGUAUAUUCCAUCCGUACACUGUUAAACAUUUCAAAUGAAGGUGAUGUUCCAUGCAAAUAGAGGAUAACGAGGCAUAAAAGACACAAAAAAAAAAAAAAUAUUUGAUGGACAGCAGUAGAUACAGAACACAUUUGUCACUUCCUCCAUUUACGCCAAGUUUUGACAGACAACUUUAAAAACUAUCUUGUUUA